AUGCUGAAAAAUAAUUGUAAUUUGUCGGGUGCAGAGAUAAAUCAAGCGUUUCGUUUUCUAGUGAGGCAUGUUCAGGAGCGUUGUUUUGCAUCAGAAUUUUGUAGUUUAUCGAAGGAAGGAUCGUCGCUUUCCAUUUCCAAACCCAUUCGAAAGUUGUCUCCAUUCUUGGAUGAACAUGGUCUUUUGAGGGUGGGCGGUCGGCUUUCCAAGGGAAACCUAACUUAUGAUGUCAAACAUCCAAUUUUAUUGCCUCGUAAUCAUAGAUUAACAACACUCAUUAUCGAAGAGUAUCAUCAUCGGUUUAUGCACCCUGGUAUGCAAACUUUGAAAAACUUAUUAUCUCAAGAGUUUUGGAUAUUGUCUUCGAAGAGAGCUAUUCAUGCAGUAAUAUCCUCGUGUGUAAAAUGCUUUCGUGCUCAUCCUAGAGUUGCAGCGCCACCUAUCAUGGGUAACUUACCAGCGUGUCGUAUCAAUCAAAUAAAGCCAUUUUCGGUUUCGGCAGUCGACUAUGCUGGUCCUUUCGAUAUUAGUUUGGGUCGUGGUCGUGGUACACGUACAUUUAAAUCGUACGUAUGUGUUUUUGUAUGCACUGCCACCAAGGCAGUGCACCUUGAACUCGUGUCUGAGUUAACUACGGAAGCAUACCUAGCAGCUUUAAGGCGCUUUAUCGCUCGGCGCGGUCGUUGCUCUCGGUUGAUUUCGGAUCAAGGUAGAAAUUUUAUCGGUGCAGCAAAUGUAUUGCAUGACUUGCUGCAAAAUGCUACGCAUGUAGAACAAAUUGAAUUUGUCUUUAAUCCACCCGGUAGUCCGCAUUUUUCCGGUUUAGCAGAAGCUGGUGUGAAGUCAAUAAAGACUCAUUUGUCUCGUGUAAUAGGUAUACAACGUCUUACUUUCGAAGAGUUUUAUACCGUCUUAGCUCAAAUAGAGGCCAUGUUAAACUCAAGACCUCUAUCGCCUAUCAGUUCGGAUCCCAAUGACUUUUCGGUGUUGACUCCUGGUCAUUUUCUCACCAUGGAACCUCUCACUAUAUUACCUGAAAGUAAUCUAGUUGAUAUAAAAUUAGGACCGUUGCAGCGUUGGAAAUUGCUACAAAAAAUCCAUCAGGAUUUCUGGCGCAAGUGGCAUUUAGAGUACUUGCAUACCUUGCAGUCGCGUCUCAAAUGGUACAACAAACAACAGGAGAUUGAUGUCGGCACUCUUGUUCUCAUUGUCAAUGAGCAAUUCAGUCCAAUGAAAUGGAGGAUUGGUCGAGUAGUCAAACUUCACCGUGGUACUGAUGGAGUUUGUAGAGUCGUUACCAUUCGAACCAAUUCUGGUGAAUGUAAGAGGCCAGUCGUUAAACUGUGCCCUCUACCGUUAUCAAAUUAA